AUGGGAGCUGACAACUUCACCUCGACGACUGAAUUCAUCUUGGUGGGACUCUCCAAUGACCGAGAGACACAGAUUUUGCUCUUUGUACUGAUCCUCCUCACCUACUCAUUUACCCUUGUGGGGAAUCUUGGAAUCAUCAUGCUAGUACAGAUGGACUCUCACCUCCACACACCCAUGUAUUUCUUCCUCACACACCUCUCGAGCGUGGAAAUUUGUUAUGUUACCAGUACCAUACCUCAGAUUUUGGCUCAUCUUCUAAUUGGUCAUGCAGGAUUGUCCUUAAUCCGCUGUGCAUUACAGAUGUAUGCAGCUUUGUCUCUGGGUUCUGCUGAAGCAUUUCUGCUGGGGGUCAUGGCCUACGAUCGUUUCUUAGCCAUCUGCCAUCCCCUGAUCUAUACCACUGCCAUGGGAAGAUGGCGUCAGUUACAGUUGGCUUCAGCCUCCUGGGUAGGUGGUUUUUUUGUUGCUGCAGUAUGCGUCAUCAUCACCUUUAGCCACCCCUUCUGUCGUCCCUGCUGCAUCAACCACUUUAUCUGUGAGAUACCAAUGGUGUUGAAACUAGCAUGUGAUGACACCCACACCACAGAGUUCAUCAUUUUUCUCUUUGCAGGAAUGGUACUCCUGGUACCCUUUUCCAUUAUCUUGAUCUCCUAUGGGCUCAUUUUGCUUUCCAUGUUCCAAAUGCGAUCAGCUGCUGGACUGCGCAAGGCCUUCUCUACAUGUGGCUCCCAUUUAGUAGUGGUCAUCAUGUUCUAUGGUGGAGCCACGUUUACCUAUAUUAUACCCCAGUCGGGGCGAUCUCCUGAUACUGACAAGGAAAUAGCAGUAUUUUAUGUUGUGGUCACCCCCCUUCUAAACCCGAUCAUUUACACUCUGCGUAACAAAGAUGUCCACGAGGCACUGGCCAAGGUGCUGCAAAGACUGGGCUUUGCUAAGAAAUGA